AUGUCGCUCUCCACGCCGCCGAUGCCGCGCUCGCGGCGCCCAUCGCUUAAGAUCCCCGCGGACUCGCAUUCUCCAAGUCCCUCAUCCCGCGCUCUUCCUUACUUCGACUCGCGCGAACACGGAUACCAAGGACCAACACGCUCGGUCAGGCUAUCGCGUGCGUCUACGCCCGGCGGAGGAGUGAUUGCAAAGAGCGAGGACGGCGUGCGAUGCGUCGUCGCGGGCAAGUCCUCCCUCCGCAUCCUGCGUGUGUCGGAUACCCCUCAUUCUCUCACGCCCGACCAUAGGUCCGCCGUUGGGCGCGGUGGGCAUCGUAUCGACGCCUCGCGCAACUAUUGGGCGGCGGCGGGCUUCAAGGUCGAGAGCGUCACGACGGACGCUGUAUGGGGUCGCGGAAACUUUGACCACAAGGUGCUCACGAGCGCGCGCAAUGGCGACUUGCUCAUGUGGGAUCUCAACAAGCUCGGUGUCUCCAAGUACGAGAAGCGCGCCCGUGACCACUUCCGCUCAAUCAACCGUCUCGCCCUAUCGCCAGUCGUACCCUACUACUGCCUCACAGGCUCAUCCGACGGCGACCUCCGCAUCUGGGACAUUCGCACCUUCGACAAAUCACUCAUCCGGAUACACCAUGUUCAAGCCGUUCGCGCUGCCGCGUUCUCGCCAAGUACCACAAACCCUCUUCAAGCGAUCGUUGGACUCGACAAUGGCAGCAUCUACAGAUGGGACCUCAAGAUGGGCCACAAAGGCCAGCUGGACCGCAUAACAGUAGCCCACUCCGGCGCCGUCCUCUCCCUCGAUUGGUGCUCCAGCUCUUCCUCCUCCGACGGCCCAUCCCACCAAGGUCUCCAGCGCCAAGACACCCUCACAUCGACCGACCUCGGCGGCACAAACAACGCCAGCGGCACAGGCUGGAUCGCCAGCGCGGGCAUGGACAGGACGGUCAAAGUCUGGGAUCUGAACUCGGCUGGGCAUACGGCGCAUAUGUCUAGUACACCGAGUUAUACGCUGUCCGCGCCGUACCCCGUGCGGCAUGCAAGAUGGAGACCGGGAUACGAGUGCGAGCUUGCGCUCGUGUCUAAUGCCGGGUUCGGAGGGCUGGGCCAGGAAAGGGACAGUGGCGCUAGUGAGACGGGUGGGACGGUUACGCCCGAUGUUGGCGUUGGUGUUGGAGGAGGAGGAGGAGGGGCUAUCUCGAGCAGUCCUGAGAUCGAGAUUACGGCGGGGAGGGAGGAGCGGAGAGCGGCGGAGAGCGGGUUUGGGUCGGAUCCGGUUGAGAUUUGGGAUGUGAGGAGGGGGUGGUUGGCCAAGUGGGUUUUGCCGGGGUCGACGAUUGAGGGGGGCGUUACCGAUAUUGCAUUCCGCGACUCACACGCGCUUUGGGCUCAACAUACGUCCGGCGCGUUCUCGCAGUUGGACCUGCGCCAUGCGUAUAGGCCGAUCGACGGUGUACCGCGGUCAUCGGCUUCAUGGGAUGCCGCUGGGACUCUGACUUUCGUCGCGGACGAUUCGCCUUACUUUGAGCCUCCAUACGAUGACUUGGACCCCGCUACGGCCCAGAACCGGCUCGAACGCGGUCUGCGCACGAAGGCAUUGGGCGACGCCGUGUAUAAACCUGCUCAUCAGGGCUUGGGGUCUGUGGGGCUGGACUCGCACCCAGAGCGUAUAGCCGUCUUCGAGCGGUUAGCGAAGAGCUACAUCUUCGACGGGGCGGACAAGCACGCUAUCUGCGGACACAACGCCCGAGUCGCAUCCGAAGUUGGCGAACUCGACGCAGCCCAAAUAUGGGCCUUCGCCCAAUCGCAGUUCGACCCUCUACCACCCCCAGCAGACCCUGUACCGGACGAGCCACCGCUCUCAGCGCUCCCCACAUCCCUAACAUCGCCCACGCUCCCGCACUCGCACUCCGCGCCCGCGGCUAUCCCGACCGUAAACGACAUCUCCUCUCCAACGACGUACCCCUCGCGCCGCGCGACGACCUUGAACUCUUAUUCGGAAGUGCCGUCUACACCCGGCCCCUCGUCUUCAGCUUCGGUAUCGGCGCUGGCGAGCACGUCGAGCUCACCUCAACGCUCAUCCACACCGCUCUCGUCACUCGCGAUCUCCCCAUCGCCCUCGUCCAACUUCAGCUCCUUAUCGGCAGCUCCUUCGCGGGGACCAGGACAAGGACAGAUGCCGUUCCCGCUAACACGUCGACCAUCCGUCUUCGGGCCUAAUCGUCCAAGAGCACUGUCGAGCCUAAGUAGGCCGAGCGUUACACCGUCUGUUGCGAGUGGGAGUGGGGGUGGGAGUUUGAAACACGUCGGCGAAGGCGCGUUGGACGAUUCAGACUCCGAAGGAGAGGGGAGCGCCGAUAUCGAGGAUGAGCGGUCUGAGAGGGCCGGGAGCAGUGCUGCAGGCGAUGAACGUUCAGGCUCAGGAGGAGGCGGUGGUGGGAAGAGAAGGAUGAUCUCGCCUACAAGCCCGCUCUUCGGACGGAGCGCGUCGAUGGCUAGCCAGCCUAGCCCCUCUCCACUAUCCAGGAUCGCUGGGCAGAGUCAGAGUCAACAUCGGUGGGCCGGCGACGACGAGGAAGAUGAGGGCGAGGGCGAGGAGGGUGAAGAGGAGGGAGAGGAGGAAGGUGAUACACCGUCGCCUGCUAGUACGUCUGAGAGCGAUGAGGAUGACGCGAGUCCGGCGGGGUCUGUUCGUCUCGUUGCUGCAUCAUCAUCCGGUGUAGGCGCGGGAGCGGGAAGGGGUGGCGGAGGACGCGCGGGAAAGUCCCUCUCGCGCUCACGCGUCCGCGUCCGCUCUCGCUCUCGCAAAGCGCAUCGCACGAGCACCUCAAAGUCCCAAUCAAAAUCGAAGAGCAGAAACAGGAUGAGCAGCCUCGCGAUCCCUCUCACGCCGCUCGCGAGAGAGGGCGUCGGGUCCGCCAGCAGUCUGCAGACCAUCCUGGGCGGCGCGGAGUCGCCUGUGGGGAGCAUGCUGAGCGGUGUUCGGACCGCGCGGCCGGGCGCGAGUGUGAGGGAUACGGACGGCUCGGUGUCUGUGCGGUCGCAGAGAGUUGCGUCGGGCGGGACGGGGCAGGGGGUGGAACCGCUCAGCCCUGAGUCGCAUCAUAAUCGGACACUCGACGACGACGGCCUCACGAACGCACACGAAGAGAGUCCAGACGUAUCGGAAGAAGUCGAGCGAAGGAGAGAAAGGAUGAGGGAGCGAUGCUGGGACGUUCUGCGGGAGACGCUCGAGCGGCUGAUCGAGGGGGGCGAUGUACAGAUGGGGUGUAUGUUGGCGUUGGUGUGUGGGGCGGAGAUGGGGCUGGGGAGGCGGAGGGUUGUUAGGCUUGUUGAGGGGUAUCUCGAGGUGCUCGCGAGGUUGGGGCUGCAUACGACUGUGGCGUAUAUACGCCAGUAUGCGCCCGACGCUGAUGUGGAAGACGCGACGAAGGCUGGGACCACGGUAUACAUCUCCUGCGGCCGAUGCUCAAAAGCCAUCCCCCUCGAAUUCGGCACCACCUGCGCCGAAUGCCGCGCGCCGACGCUCAAGUGCUCCAUCUGCCGCUUACCAGUUAAGAGCCUAGGUUUCACAUGCGCAAUAUGCGCACACGGCGGCCACAGCGCCUGCUACCGCCACUACUACUCCCUCAAACCGCCCCAUCAACUCCCACGCGCUUCAUCCCCUCCACCACCCGAAGAGCCCGGUCAUAGAGGGCGCUCGCUGUCGAGGUUGAGCGGGACGACUGUGCCUGAUACGCCUGAUCUACGAGGGGAUGAGAGGGGUGGUAGUGGUGUUGGGUUGGGAUUGGGGUUGGGAUUGGGUGGAGGAGGGGGAGGGGAGAAGAGGGCGCUUGUGGGGCACGCGUGUGCGGCGGGGUGUGGGCAUUUUUGUUGGGUUUCGAAUGUUGUUGAGGUGUAUGCUUAG